UUGGAUCUGCAGCUGAAACACUUUUGUUUGAGCUCCUGUCUGAGAAGCAACAGCGCAAACCUGGACUAUUUACAACCGCUAAAUAAGCUGCAUCGUCCCUAAAACAAGCGACUGAACCAAACGAGGAGGAAUAAUAAAACAGGAUCACAGUGCAGCCGCUGCAGAGUUUGUUUUCGGGGGAUAAAGGAGACAGCCAUGCCCGUACCGAGGGGAAAGAAAGCCACAGUCUCUGCUGGGAGCAAGAUAACAUUACCCAAGCUAAAUGCAACAACGACUGAGAACCAGGAGGAAGGUCCGCAGGUGAAGAGGUCCUCCUCCCCUCCUCACGGGGCACCCAAGAAGAGGACUGCUUUUAUCGACAUCACUAAUGCUAGUGGUCCGUGUCUGUCAUGUUGCCGACCCAACGGUGACGUCAGCUUCAGGAACGCUCAUAAGGUUCAGAUCAGCCUUCCGGGGAGGAAGAAGGAAUCUGGGAAGAAGCAGUUGAAGAAAACGAGCUCCACCUCGGCUUCAACGAAGAAUCAUGCCAAUCUGAAAAAGUCUUCGUCUGUGAGCUCAGAAGGGACGCCUGCUGAGAAAGAAGAAUGUGACGUACAGGAGGAAAAGGAAGAGGAGGUGCAGAAGAACGUAGUAGCUCCCAUAGAAGAGUGGGUGGCUGCUACGCCCCCUGCUGCCCGAGAAGUGCCAGCACACCUUCAGAAACAAGCGAUCCCAGAGGAGUUUGACAUCGACUCUGGGAACUCGGAGGACUGUUACAUGUGUCCGGAGUAUGCAAAGGACAUCUUCGACUACCUCAAAAAGAGAGAGGAAAAAUUUGUCCUCUGUAACUACAUGCCCCAGCAGCCCAGCCUCAACCCCGAGAUGAGGGCCAUCCUGAUUGACUGGCUGGUUGAAGUACAGGAGAACUUUGAGCUGUACCACGAGACCCUGUACCUGGCCGUGAAAAUGACGGACCACUACCUGUCCAAGACUCCAGUGGACAAGGAGCUGCUGCAGCUCGUUGGCUCCACCGCCAUGCUCAUAGCCUCCAAAUUUGAGGAGCGCAGUCCGCCUUGUGUCGACGACUUUCUUUAUAUUUGCGAUGACGCGUACAAGAGGGAGGAGCUCAUCUCCACAGAGGCCACCAUCCUGCAGACGCUGUCCUUCGACAUCAACAUCCCCAUCCCCUAUCGGUUCCUCAGACGUUAUGCCAAGUGUGUGAGUGCCGGCAUGGACACGCUGACUCUAGCCCGGUACUAUUGCGAGAUGAGUCUCAUGGAGAUGGAGCUAGUGACGGAGAGAGGCUCGCUGCUGGCCUCAGCCUGCCUGCUGAUGGCGUUGGUCACCAAAGACCUGGGAGGAUGGUCUCCCAUCCUGCAGUUCCACUCCGGCUAUGAGACGUCAGAUUUGGCGCCCGUUGUCAGGAAGCUCUACAUGAUGCUUUCAGCCCCCGCAGACGAUAAACUCAGAGCCAUCAGAAACAAAUACUCGCACAAGGUGUUUUUUGAGGUUGCGUCCCUGCCGUUGGUCAACAUUGACAUUUUGGAGAAAGCUUUGUCCCAGUGAGAUGUCACCUCAAAACCCCAAAAAUGUCAUCUUGCCAGUUUGUAUAUAAUUUGUUAAUAUGUUAAAUAUUUAUACACAUAGUCUAGUCUUGUCUUUUUAUAUAAUAUUGGAAAUAAAUCUUUAAUGCCAGUUUGUGAAGGAAAAGAGUUUUAAUGUGGGCAAGUUUGCCAGUUUGUUUUCUAGCGUUGGUACACUUUUUUUGGCAUUCAUUUUAUUACUUUUAUCAGAUAAAAAGAGAAAUCUGAAUUUAUUAGUAAUUUGUAAGCCUUGUCUGUGUGUGUGCGUACGUUUUUAAGUUAAUGGGUGAGAUGGAGAAGUUGUCAAAUGCUUACUUUUACUGAUAAAUUAUGCACUGGCCCUCAAGUUAUAGGUUUUCAUAUAUCGCUGAAGUUGGCUGGGAUGCCUGUUUGUAUUUUCAAACAUUGUACAGUGUUUAUCAUGUUAAUAUCACCAUCCUAAAUAUUUGUAUAAAAGACGACCGGAUGAUACUGUGCUAUUUUUAAAUAGCUGUCAUGCGUACUCUUAAAAUAAAGAUGUUUUUUAUUUGUUUGAUAAAA